AUGGCUUCCAAACGCGUCCGUACUACCGAGGGCAGAAGCCAUUCAAUUUUCGGAGGCGCGUUCACCCCUCUGCAUCCGCGCGUUCAGCUCUCGGCGCUCGUGACGGUGUAUGACGACUGUUACCUCGCUCUCUCCUCGCUCUCAUUGAAAUCAGCCAACGCCACGCCCUCUCUCUCCCUCUGGGGGGGAAUAGCCGGCGACGAUCCAUUCUCCUACGCCUCCCCACUCGACCCCGCCCUCGCCUCCCUCACCCCUGCCUCCGCCUCCCCUCUCCUCGCCGUUCACAUCGGCUCCCAAGGCCGCACAUGGGAUAAUAUACACGUUCUUUACCUCGUCACUACCACUCCCGCGGGGGUCUUACAGAAAAUCCUGGCUCAGCUGCAGCUGCCCAGGCGCCUUACCCGUGGCGGGUCGGUAGGUACAAGCGGCAGUGGUGCUGGGGGGAAGGAUGUGCUACCAGGAAGCGCAACGGAAGCUUCCGAGGGACUCAGGAAGCAGGUGCUGAAGUACGCAAAGGAUAACCGGUUGCUGGCGCCGCCGCCGCCGGUUAUGCCGCCGCCGCCCCCGCCGGUUCCGCCUCCCCCGCCGCCCGUGGCGUCCCCGGCGCUGGGGUUCGUGAACUGCGUAACUGCGAAGAAGGGCCGGCUGAAUAUCUACUGGCGCAUGGUGGGCGAUCCCAUAAACGGCAUGGCGGUGGAGUUUGGGCUGGAGGGGAAGGUGCCUGACAACAGCUGGAUGGCCCUGGGCCUGUCGGGUAACCAGUCGGAAGCGGACAUGCACAGCAGCGACAUAGCCGCUACAGGAAUCUUCUCCUCUAGCACCACCAGCAGCAGCAGCAGCAGCAGCGGUAGCAGCAGCAGUGUUGCUAGCAGUAGCAGUUUUGGUAGUGGUAUGAGCGCCAGUAAUGGUGGGAGUGGGGCGGCGAAUGCUUUUGCAACAGAUUUCUACGUCACGGCGCUGGAGGCGUGUGAGCAGAUCGCAGGAGGAUACGUGGGCGUGUGUCCGGACGCGUUGCUGGGCUCCUCUCCCUCCCUGAACAACGUCAACCUCACCCUCGCUGCGCGCCAAGCAGACGUCUCCUUCGUCCGCUUCCGCCGCUCGCUCGCCCUCUCCACCGACCCCCUCUUUGACCGCCGAUUCGAUAUAAGCUUCCCCUCUGCAGUCCCCAACAACACGGACCUGUCCAGCCCGCUGCUCUUCAUUUUCGCCACGGGACCGCUUCUCCCGUCCUCCACCCCUUCACUGCCGCAGCUCCUCCCACACGCCGCCUCUGCUGCGUUCUUUUCUGGAUCGAUUAACAUCACUCUGAACGCGGCUAAGGCGACAAACUCCUGUGAACCGCUCUGGAAUACGCCGGCGCUCAGCUACCCGCCUCUGCCGCCCGGUUUGCUGCCGUCGCCGCCCGGCGAGCCGUCCAUGUGGGACGACGGGGCGGUGAUUUCUGGCGUAUCUCAGUGCAGCACGACGUUUGAAGGGGAAAACAGGAAAUUCGCCUCGUGUGAGGCCCUACCAGGGGGGGUCUUUUUCAUGUGGACGCUGGGGAAAGAGGAGCUGUCUGGCGCGUUCAUUUCCCAGUCUGUCUCCCCCCAAGGGUAUGCUGCGGUGGGGCUGCUGCUCCCACCGCCGACGCCGCUUCUAGAGGCGCUGUUUACCCCUCCUCCUGCGCCGGCGGGCGGGAAUGGGAGCGCGGAGGGAGGGUAUGUGAAGCCGGACUCGUUAGUGGGUGCCUCGAUGCUGGUUGCAGUGAGGGCGGAGGACGGAAGUGGGGGACUGAAGGUGGAGGAGUAUCAGAUUGUGAAGCAGGAGGCGGGAGGUAGCAGCAGCAACGCAAGUGCCACUGGGAGCACCACCACAGGCACGCUCAGCAGCAGCAGCAGAAACAGCAGUGACGGCAGCAGUGUUGCCACAAUCGCACCACAGGAGCAAACCGCCAUGGUUCGAGGCAGCAACCUCUCUCUCAUCUCCGCGAAAGCGGAGCUCCAAGCAGGCUCCCUCACGCUCCUAUUCACGAUCAAGCUCCCCCACAGGCAGCGAUCCGGAGCAGUCCUCCUCUGGACCAAAGGCAUCCAGUACUUUCCCGCCAACGACUCCCUCUCCCCAGACGGAAUCGCCGCCAUGGCAAGCGCGCCGAUAGACUUCGGCAAGGAAACCGACGUGGAUCCGAACGCGGCUACGGUGACGACAGCAGGGGUGGUGUAUUCGGCGCUGAGUGUGGCGGCCUGGGCGUUUAUGCUGCCGGUGGGGGCGGUUUCGGGGCGGUAUGUGAGGAAGCACAGCCGGUACUGGUUCCCGCUGCACCAGGGGUUUCAGCUGGGGGGGUACUUUCUGACGCUCGCGGCGUUCACCAUUGCAAUGUCGCUGGAGGCGCUGCACAAGUCGGUGGGGUACUGCGUGCUGCUGGCGCUGCUGUCGACGCUCAUGGUGCUGCAGAUUUCAGCAGUGAUUAUCCGUCCGCCCGAGUCCCACCACCUGCGCGACCACUGGCGGCGGUUCCACAAGGCCUCCUCGGGAUUCUCCAUUACUGCUGGUGUGUGGCUGGCGCUGCUGGCUUCGUGCUGCUUGACUCUGGAGUGGCUGCUGUGGGCGAAUCGGCUGACUCAGACUCGGGUUCGGCCGGAGAGUGAGAGGGAAGCGAGUGAGAAGGAGAGUGUGGAUAGUGAGGAGGAGGAGAGGGAGGGGAGUGAUGGGGAGUGGGAUGAUGGAAUAUCGGAUUUGAUGUUGGAGGGUGGGGAAGGGGGGGAUGGGGAGGAUGGGGGUGUGGAUAAGGAUGGGGAUGGGGGGAGGGAUUUGGAGAGAGGAGGAGUGGAGUGUGGAGGAGGGGAUGCAGAGGAGGGGAGUAAGCUGCGGGAUUGGGAGAGGCGAAUGCUUGCAGGACAUGCAGGGGCAUUGGCCAUUGGUGCUGCUGGUGAAUUGGCUGGGUGGAAGGGAGCCUGA